AUGAUUAUUACGGCCCUUACUUCCGCGUUCUCUGCUCUACGCGUGUAUGCACUCUGGCAAGGGUCAAUGGCAAAGCACGUCUUUCCUGCCAUAGUAUUCUUACUCGGAGUGUUUCCGGUUGGGACGAACAUUUUCAGCUGGAUACGUACUACAACGGCAUACGAAGACCUUCCGCCACUCCCUACCUGCACUAGCUUCACCAACAUCUCACCAAAGCUCGACACAGAUGUAAUAGCUGCUGAUGUCAUCGUCCUUGCGCUGACGUGGGCUAAGUCGCUCAAGCAGUUUCAAGAGAUGCGAAAGCUUAACCUCGGUUCAUCUAUCUCGGCUGUGUUGCUACGUGACGGUACUUUUUAUUUUGUUGCCAUUCUGGCCGUAAAUAUCUUACAGCUCUUGACGUACUCAGCUAAGGGUCUCACAAUUGGUGCCUAUACAAUUGACUUCCUCCAGUCGAUGCCGCCUUUGCUUGUGCAGCGUUUCAUCUUGAAUCUGCGCCAACUCAAUCUCGGGGCCAUGACGGAAAGCAACUCCGAUGCAAGACACUUUUCCCGCUUCUCUGUGAACUUCAGAAUGCCGUCCGAUCUCCUUGGGAAUAUCGGGGAGCCUCUGGACCACGGCCAGUGGGAACAUAUACAAGAAGACAGCCUUUCAGGUGUAGAACCGCGGAAUCGAGUCGAAUAGGGUUCCUUGCAGCAUGCGGGCCCAUCGCGCAUAUUCCCAGAUGAAUCAAGGGAGGCCGGUGUCAACUCAAUCUUGGACUCUGCUGAGCCAUUGAGGUUUGAGGAUUAGAUGAGUUCCCAGAGGCCCUAUCAUCAAACAAAUCAGAGUAUAUAUUCUCACAGGCGAUGCAUAGUCACGAAUGAUCAUGCUGUCCAAAAGGUUGGAGGGAGGCCGCCCCUGGUGUCAAGUAUGCAGUAUCGAGAAUAAUAUGUCAUCUGCGAAAAUAGCUGCUUCCUAUUCUCAUAUGCUCGUAUAGCAGUGUAGUGAACCGCUGGCCCCAGUUCGGCACAUGGCAGUGCAUCCUA